UUUGUAAAUCCCCGCACGCCUUAUUGAAAGUUUCAUGUUUUUAAAUUAGGUUACAUGAGAAGACUUUUCAGAACAGAAUAGUGACAUUGUAUAAAAUUAAAGAUUCGGAUUCAAAUCACUCCACUUUCGGAUGUUCAGGGAAUUAAGAAGAAAAGAUUUUAUACAAAUCUGUAAGAGGCCAUUGCAUUAAAAGAAUUCUUCAGUCGCUCUGUGAACAGAAUCAGAAUCAAACAGAAUGAGGAUCGUACUUGCGGUUGUUCAGUUUGCUAUUCUGUAUACCAUCGUCCACGGUCAUGGUCGACUGCAUAAACCCCCUUCAAGGGCUACUAUGUGGAGACAUGGUUAUUCCAAUCCCCACGAUACUAGUGACUCGGGAGGCAACUGCGGCGGCGCUUAUAAACAACAUCAGGUGAAUGGGGGUAAGUGUGGAGUGUGCGGAGACGCUUAUGAUGACAACCAGCCAGCACACGAAGCUGGAGGGAAAUAUGCAAAUGGUAUAAUAGUCGCAACAUACCAAGUAGGGCAAACCAUCGAUGUCGAAUUCGAGCUAACAGCUAAUCACUUGGGUAAUGCACAAUUCAGACUAUGUCAAAAUAACGACCCGAACAAGAGGGUGAAACAAGAAUGUUUUGACAAGCAUUUGCUAAAGUUAGAGAACGGUGACACAAAAUAUGAAGUUGGCACGUCGAAAAACGUGAAAUACAAAGUCAGAUUACCUGCUGAUGUAAAUUGCACGGCCUGUGUCCUACAGUGGCGAUACACAGCUGGCAAUAAUUGGGGAACGGACCCGGCUACUGGGAAGUCAGGCAAAGGUCUAGGACCACAAGAAACAUUUCAGGCAUGCGCUGACGUUGCUAUCAUAGGUAAUGUUGCAAAUACGAAUAAGCCGCCUGCUACUGGUCCGAAAGAAGACGGCGAUGAGACAGAGAAUGAUACAGACGAAGAAUGGAAUGGCAAAGAUGCAGAUGAAGAAGAGUAUAUUACCAGUAGUAGUAGUAAAUGCAGCUGCACAGACGUCGUAACGCCAGCAAUGUGCCACACUCUUCCAAGUCGAAGGUGGAGUAAUCGCCAUUGAUCUACGGAAAAUGUCAAACCUCUUAGUUCCUCUACAUGUAAUCACAUUAUCUCUUAUUUUUACGUAAUGAACAUGCUAAUAUGCGUGUAUAUUUAGUUUAUUCCUCCCUGUAUGUAUAAUGCUUUCCGUCUGAAUGUCUCAUUAGUAUUUGGCAUAAUCAAGCACGUGAUAUUUGCAGUCAGUCACUAUAGAUUAACUUUAUGCAUCGAUGCGUGUCUGUACUUUUAGCUCAUAACAAUACUGCAAUAAGGCGUACAAAGUGUUUGUUUCCGGUAUCUCGACCUACCCUAAAUAUUUGACCCGACCCUAAAUGUUUUCAUGGCCUUGGAGAAUUUUUUUUUCAACUUUUUAAUAAAAAGUUGCAAAACUGCACUUUUUAUGCUUUAAAUAUGGUCAGUGAUGUUACAAAUCAACUAACUGAUCUCUAAAGGCAUAACUCCCUCAUUUGUAUUUAUUUUUUGACACAAAAAUAAUUUCCGAAAAGUCUCACUUAAUAAAAAAAAUUCUAAAAUAAAUCCGAUCUACCUACCCUAAUUUUUUUGAGCAUGUUACCGGAAACAAAGAAUUUUUUAGGCCUAAAUACCAAGGAUAACUGAUAUGUCACGCCUCACUAAUUGUCGUUGAAUUAUAUGUAUCGCAGUCUAGCUGGUUUCAUCAGGAAUACAUUGUCGCAUUGUAAACAUUUCAGCGCUGAGUGCAUGUCAUCUAGAUAAAAACAAAGAAUUCCAAAUAAAUUUUUGGAGAGUUUUAAAGGGAGACAGCUCAAUAAUGUAUUUGUUAACGUACUGAAUUUCUUUUAUUACAUGAAUUUUGGAGUUCCUUUAAGGGGACGCAUAUUGCUACAUUCACAGUUCAUACAGCAAUGCGGAAGGGGUGCAUAUUCAAGAAAUCAAUGGUGGGAAAAUAAAAAAAACAUAUUCCUAAACUGAUAUAAUACUGAUGGACACCUGUAAUAUUCAGUAUUUUGUGGAUAAGGAUGUGGUACUAUGAAUGUAAUAGGAAAACAGAGGUCUUUGUGAAAGUACAUUCAACACAAAAUAUUACGCUUUUGUAUAAGGAAAAACAGGUUUUUCACAAACAGUGUUCCAAAUAAUGUUGAAGGGAUGAUAUUUUCUUUCUAACACACCAGGUUUGCUUAAACAUGUAAAGAUUUAACGCCACGUCAGUUCAUCUCGGGAUGGACGCCAUAUUUCUCAUUGAUAAAAAAUGUAAACAAAAAAAUCAGAGUGGAAUUAGCAUUGCAAGGGCAUAACAUGACAUUCUACACAAUGAAUACCUUAGAACAGAUAUCUAAGAUGCUACACAGGUCAGGCUGGUUAAAUGCAUAAUGUCGAUCACUUGAAAUUCAUCUUGAAAAGGUGGUUAAUUUUAGUUUGUUUACAUGGUUUUUAAUUUUCCCACGACUUCUCGGCGAUUCACUGCAAAUGUAUUACUGCGCCGGACGAAAGGUAACUCUAAUAAACAACGGGAGACAACUUAGGUGUCAGCACGUGUACGAUUUUUAAAAAAACAUGUCGAUGAUUAUAAUUUCUUAUCAAAUAAUGAAUCCUAUUCAGAUAUUCGUCUUUAAUAUUAGAAAAUUAUUAAUUUCUGUGGACAUUUGUCAAAAAUAUUACUUACAGUGGACUACUUUGCGCAUCAAACUGGUUUCCGCUUCAGUUGUGAGGCACUUCCGUUAUACUUUUUGACAACAAUAACAAAACACAAAAUGAAUCAAUAACGUCACUUAUAAACCGACUGCUACUUUAAAUCAGUGUAAGUAAAGUUGUUGUUACAACAUUAUACAUGUUCGUUACGUUAUGAGAUAAAGUUUGUCUUGAACUGCAUAAUCCAUUAAUUACGUUUAGGUGAUAUUGCAUUUACAACUUAUUUGACCCCGUUUUUUUACGUGAAUGACAGCAUUCUCGUGCAACUCGUGCAAACAGAGUUAUGAAAAGUAUGGUGGAGAAUUCAAGGACAAAUUUUAAAUGACAUUAAAGUGAGGAUAACUGUAUAUUCGUCCAGUUUUGAUCAUUGACAUUCCUGCUGUGUAUUAGUAACUUUUGUGAACAAGAAUAGAAUGUUGCUUUUGCACAUAUACACAUUGAUUGGACCUCUCAACCAAAUUUCAUACCUUAUUUUAGGGAUUUUUAAGAAGAUAUAUUUUUAAAAGUUUGUUGAAUGUGUUUUGAUAUUUAAGUGCAUUGUAGUUCAUGAAUACCAAGUUAAAAAUUAAUAAUGGCAACAUUUCUAGGCCUUUAUUGUAAGCCACUAGACUUCUGUAACGAUAAAUGUUUAAUGUAUUAAGGGGAAUAUACUCUUUUAGUUUUGGAAUGUGGCAUUCCUUGACCACCGUAUCUUUUCUUAUGCACUACUUUGUAAACAAACUAAAUAUUGUGUUUUAGCUCACAUAUGCCAAAUGAAAAGCAAGACAGUGAACUUAUUUCACAUUCUUUCUUUAAAUUAGAAUCUGUAGGACAUUGAUAAAUGUUUGGACAAAGCGAAGCACUAUUAUUUUCGCACCAAAAAGUCUUAAUUGUUGACUUUGAAUGUACACAAGAAGUCUUAUGUAAUUCAACAAUAACUUUCUUGUUUCAGUUUUUCUCAUUUUUAUUUAAGUGAGCAAUCCUUUGUGUACUUAUAACAGUUGAAACAGUAUUCAUUUCAUUUACCAAAACCUUGAACUUUUUUGCAGGUAAAUUUUAUAAUACCCCACCCACUUUUUCUAAUUUCAAAGUAUGCGUCCCCUUAAGCCGCUAUGACGUUCCGAAACGGCAAUUUCCUUCACUCAAAAAGCAUUUUUUGAUUUGGUACCGUACCUGCAAAAUGAUACAGUUUGUACGUUUUUCUACAAAAAUAACGUCAUAUGAGUGCAAGAUAUUGGUCAAAGGGAAGCAAAUCAUGUUAACUUAAAUUCAAAUAUGCCGUAAAGCAGUUAUAGUUAAUAUUUUGUCGUCCAUUAUUGGUCAUUGGUAAUAUCUUUAAUUGUGUAAAACAUCCUUGUUCAAAGAGUUACUUCACUAGAUGAUUGAACAAUAUAUUUCACUACAUAAAAUUCCAUUGCAAAAUCAUAAAGAAAAAUCCUGGCAUACAUGUAGAAUUUUUCCGUUAUUUUUCAAUAUAUUUCUAAGUAAUUCUUAAAGCUUGGCUUUGAAUACAAAGUAAGUCAUAAUUUAUGUAAAAUCAAACAUAAUUCGCUUUGAAACAUCAUAAACCUUCAGCUUAGGAAAAGGUGAGCACUAUGACACUCGCUUAAAGGAUGUUAAAAUGUGGAUGUAAUAAGAAACGCUAUCUCCUUUGUAUGUACUCGGAUUACUUCAUGUAUUAAACAACCAUCUGCAUCAACAA